AUGUCUUCGUCUCACUCAACCACCUUCACCACAUUCUACAACACCAUCAACGGCACCCUCCGCACCUCAAACACCACCUACACCUCAACCAACCCAGCAACUGGCACCACACUGCCGGAAGCACCAGUAGCCAGCUCAGCGGAUCUCGACGAAGCCGUCGUCGCAGCCAAUGACGCCUUCGUCACCUGGAAAAGCACCACCUGGAAACACCGCAGCGAGCUCCUAGCGAAGCUAGCCGCCCUGAUCGCCGAACACGCGCCAUCAUUAACCGAUUUGUUGAUUGCUGAGACAGGAAAACCGAGGUUCUUAGCGCAAGCAGAAAUCCAAAUUGCUCAAGAUACUCUACUGCAUUUCGCUUCACUUCAACCCGUUGAACAUACCGUGCUUGAUGAGAAUAUCUCCAAGGUAGUACAUACGACCUUUGAGCCGAUCGGUGUGGUGGGGGCUAUCUGUCCUUGGAAUUUCCCCAUCGCCAUGCCAAUGAACAAACUUGGGCCCGCCAUCCAAGCCGGAAACAGUAUUAUUCUCAAACCCUCCCCUUUCACACCCUACACGCUUCCCAAGAUAUGUGAAAUCGCCCAACAGCUCUUCCCACCGGGAGUUAUCCAAUGCCUUGGCAGCAGCGACGAUGACGAGUCGCACAAAUUAGGAAGCUUGAUGACGCAGCACCCGGGGAUUGGGAAAAUUUCCUUAACGGGGUCAGUGAGCACGGGGAAGAAAGUGAUGGCUGCGUGUGCGGGGACGUUGAAGCGCGUGACGUUGGAAUUAGGUGGGAAUGAUGCGUGUAUUGUGUGUCCUGAUGUGAAGGAUAUUGAGCAUGUCGCGGGGGAGAUAGUGCUCAGUGCGUUUUUGAAUACGGGGCAGGUGUGUGUGGCGACGAAGAGGGUUUAUAUUCAUGAGGAUGUUUAUGGGGUGGUGAGAGAUGCGAUUGUUAAGAAGGUGGGGGAGAUGAAGGUCGGUGAUGGUGCGGCUGAGGAUGGGGUCAUGGUUGGACCGGUGCAGAAUCGGAUGCAGUUUGAGAAGGUAAAGGGGUUGGUUGAUGAGGUGAAGGAAUUGGGAUAUGAGGUUUUGACGACUGGAGAGAAGUAUGGCUUUGAUGGAGUGGGUGAAGGUAAGCAGGAGGGGGGAUAUUUUCUACCCUUGAUGGUGGUAGAUAAUCCGCCUAGGGAAUCGAGACUUGUCCGUGAAGAGCAGUUUGGCCCCAUCCUCCCCCUUCUGCGAUGGAGCUCGGAAUCAGAAGUCGUCCACUGGGCCAAUGAUACCCCAACUGGACUGAGCGCGAGUGUCUGGUCCGGUGAUAUAGCGAGGGCUCGUCGAAUUGCCGCCCAGUUGGAUGUGGGUAGUGUCUACAUCAACAGCACACAGAAACCAAGCUUUCAGGGUUUGUUUGGAGGACACAAGGAGAGUGGAAUUGGCGUGGAAUUUGGACAGGCGGGGUUGUUGCAAUAUUGCAACGCCAAGUCGACCUAUAUUUCUUUUUAG